ACCACCGCACUCGGUUUCAGUAGAGAGAACGAGACACGUGAGAGUGGAGCACUUCAACCAGCUCUCGGUUCGGCAAGUGACGAAAAACGACGACGACCGCGACUCUGAGCAGAAUUCUCCAGCUGCUGCCAAAAUUUGAAGGGAAACGACGGGGAGAAAAUUUAGAUUUUUUUAAAGAGAAAAAUUCGUAGAAAAAAAGGGAAAGAAAUUUCUUUGUUUUGAAAAGUGAAAAUCGAUCGCAGUAAGCUUGUUAGUGGUGGGAAGCCAAGUGACAGCCAGUGUGUGACAAUACAGAACAAGGUGAACUUCCGGAAGGUGUCUCUGGAACAGUGAUCUGGAACAUUCCUCCCCCUCACAAGUGAACACAUAAAAUGAAGAGCUUCGCGACCUGUUUGCUGGUGGUCGGGGCCGUGGCCAGCAUCGCCUACGCGUACCCAGCCCGCAAUGACGACAGCAAGAGUGAUCCCUCAAGCGAUGCCGAGUUCAUCGUGGUCCCUCUGGAACAUCAGCGACCCUCGUACAUCAACCGGUACCCGUCGAGCUUUGAAGGCUUCGACGGCGUGCUGGACACGGACGAUUUUGCCCACGCCGGCGGCCAGAGUCCGGUCUUUUUCCCGUCCAUCAAUCCAUUCACGUGGCAGUUUUCGUCUUACCUUGACGAUGUAAUCAAGCGGGUACGUGACCGGUUUGCCGGCUCGUGGAAUCCGUUCUACGGCGGUGGUGACUUUAUCCCCUCUGGACCGGGACUGUUCCCGAUUGAUAUUCCCGACGUGGACACGGCGGACGUGGAGGGUGGACAAACCAACUCGACCUCGACCGUGAAGGUCAUCGACGGCCACAAGGUGAUCAUCAACGACACGUACUACACCAAGAAGACCGACUUUGGCACUUCGGUGUUUAAGGUGCGUGUGAUCGACGUCCAGCCCGCCGACGGAGAGGAAUCUGGCGAGAAGGAUGGCGGAGACAAGUCGGCCACGACCACGGAAAAGUCACUCGAAACUGGCAAUCGCAAUGGGGGAACGGAUGCCGAUGAGGCACCCAAGAAGGACUCGGACGACGAGGACAAGAAGGAACCGACCACGGCGGAAACGCCCAAGCGGGACACCGAGCUGGACUCGAGCGAUGAGGAAGCUUCCCCGGCGGCGGAUGACAGUCUGAACACGAUUGACGACUCCAAGACUAAGGACAUUGACGGUGACAAGAAGGACACGGAGCUCAGCGCCUCUUCCGGCAUCGAAUCUCUCGAAGGAGAAAUCCUGCUAGCGAAGCUAGCCCUCUCCUCACCGGAACUGAGCGAAUCCCUCGAGCGGAACGCCCUCAACAGCGAACUCAACGAGGAUUCCAUCGAAGACUCCGAUGACAUCAUCUCCCCGGACGAGUGGAAGCAGCACCAGGACGACCGAAAGCGGAUCGUAGUCGGAACUCGAUACCCAAUCCGUGACCAAAACCAAAACCAGGAAGUGGACGAAACUUCCGAACCGGAAGUUAUCGACCUAACCGGUGACAUAGCAAUCAACGAAAUGCUAGCCGACAAGUCGAUUCCGUUGCAUCCGGACGUGGAGGUGUUUGCCCCUAACCGACGCCACCCGGUCCAGCAAGAUCCGAUGCAGUCGUUCCCGGCCAUGUUUCCCACCUUCCCCCAGCAACCCUUCCCCGGAGUCAACCGGUUUCCGGGGAUCCCGUUCCCCGGUCAGUUUCCCCAGCAGUUUCCCCAGCGGCCGAUUGGACAGUACCCGGUUCAGUCCUUUCCGGUGUUCCACCCGCAGCAAAAUCCGAUGUUUGGAGGGGGACAAUUUCCGGGAGGUCAGCAGUUUCCGGUUCAGCGACCCGCUAACGUUCCCAUCGGUGGGGGAGUGGGUGGAUUUGGCCAGCAAACGCCGGUUCUCAUGAUGACCUUUCCGCCGGGAUUUCCGGCAAUCUUUAGGGAGGUGAGACCGUAGAAGGGGGAACUGCUGCUGGCAGCAAAAAAAGGAUUUAGACAGUAGUAAUUUAUUGCAAACUAUUUAUUGUGCUAAUUUAUUGAAAACAAUACACCGCUCUAACCUCAACAGAGAUUAACCAAAUGUACCAAAGAUCAGGGAAAAAAUACUCGGAGCGAGACUGAGAUUAAUAAG